AUGAUAGAGAAAGGCUACAGGCUUCAAUUCAAUAUCUCUCCACAACAGUUCAAAGAAAUAAUCUACUCUCAGGCUCAGGGCUGGUCUGCCAGUAUUCUCUUGGAGGAAAUUUCCAUCCUGAGAAAGAAAGGAGCUAUAAGAGUGGUCCAUCCCAAGGAGACUCACAGCGGUUUCUACUCGAGAAGAGUGAUCACCAGAGAUGCCUCCCUGAUGGGUUGGGGUGCUACUCACGAAGGAAGAGCAGCGAACGGGAGAUGGGACCUACACAUGUGUUCUUCCCACAUGAAUUGUCUGGAGAUGUUGGCUGUUCACUUGGCUCUGACACAUUUCCUCCCCAGGUUGAGGGGCCAUCAUGUUUUAGUGAGGACAGACAAUUCCACUGUCGUAGCCUACAUCAAAAGGCAAGGAGGACUGAAUUCCCCAAAGUUACCCAUGCUGGCACACAGACUGAUAGUUUGGAGCAAUGUGCACCUGCUGUCACUGAGAGCGACUCAUGUACCAGGCAUUCUAAAACAAGGGGCAGAUCUGUUAUCCAGAGGCAACCCACUAUAUGCAGACUGGAAGUUUCACCCUGAGGUGGUGAGACAGAUUUGGUCAUGGUUCGGUCAGGCAACUGUAGACAUUUAUGCGACAGUGGAGAAUGCUCAGUGCCUCCUGUUCUUCUCACUGUGCAAUCAGAGAGUCCUGCUGGGAGUGGAUGCUCUGGCACACGAGUGGCCAAAGACCCUCCUUUAUGCAUUUCCCCCACUGGCCCUCAUUCCUCCAACUCUGGCCAGAGUGAAGGAAGGGGGUCCGUCAAUGAUCCCGGUAGCCUGGCGCUGGCCAGGAAAACACUAGCUGGCGAAAAUUUUUCAACUCCUGUCCGGCCCGCCGUGGCCAUUAACGCUUUCUCUGUCUCAGGCACGGGGGGAAAUAUUUCAUCCCCACCCAGAAAGAUUAGCUCUAUGGGUCAACACAGUCCACAAAGGAGUGUGGACUAUGACAUGUAUCACAGAUUAG